AUGGGACGUUCGGGACGUUCAGGACGUGGCUGUCGUGAGGGUCGUCAUUUGGCAACGGUGGCGGCGCCUGCCCCUGCCAAAGAGUGUCUCUACAACAGGCUGGGUGGCGAGAAGCCCGUGAAGACGGUGAUUGGACUGUUCUACAUGAAAGCCUUCACUGACGACAGAAUCAAGCACUGGUUUGAGGGGCUCAACAAGGAGAAGAUGGAGAUGAAAAUGGCGGGCUUCUUGAAGUACGGUUUUGGUGCCGAGACAACGUACAAGGGCAGGGACCUAACCACCGGCCACGCCGACCUGGUUGCCCGAGGGCUCUGCGAUGCAGACUACGACGUUGUGGGCGAACUGUUUGUCGCUUCAUUGAGGGAAGCUGGCGUCCCCGAAGAUCUCGUCGACGAAAUCGUGACAAUCCUAGAGUCGUGCAGGGACGCUGUGCUUGGUCGGACCGCGGCCCCUGCGGCAAAGUGA